AUGAAGGUUACCACAACAUCGACGUCCGCUGUCACAACGAACUUUGCGGAAAGGGGAACUGCAUUUGCAUCCCUCCAGCAAAAAUUGUCUCUCCAAAGGGUUCCGCCAGGCCUGUCCCCACCCGUGGGGUCAAAACACAUGAUGGACUUGUUUAACGAUCCCGACAGAUAUGUGCCCGGUGCCAUACGAGUGAUACAACAAAUUCCAAAGAAAAUGAAUGCCAGCCUUGUGAAUAGCUCUUCAGAGCAGAUUGAGGAGUGGGGGAUUUGCUUUCAGGAAGGCUGGAACCGUUCGAGAAUUUGGUGGCUCCUCGCGGGUGUUUUCGGCGUUGGAAGUCUUCUUUUUGGGGUGGUGUGGGGGGUCUUGGAGAAGGAUGUCCAAGGUGCCUUUGGUGUUGCAGGCUGGUGGAUGAUGGCAGCUACGAUUCUUGUUGGUGUUCUUGGAGCCUUUUGA